GGUGUCGCUGCGGACGCGGUUCGCAAGUGGAGUCGCCAUUUUGCUCCUAGAAACGCCGAGUGUUGACCCAGCGCUUUCUUCUCUACGCCCGGGAGGCUUCGGUGGGGCCGGGGUCAGGAGGAAUUUUGUUAUGAGAGAAUAAAAAGACGUCCAUAAUUGACUUUAAGCAGCAAACAGUAAAAUAUUAAGUCUAACCAUCGGCUUCACUGAGCUUUUCAGCUCCGCCUUUCUUGCUCUGAGAAUUGGAAAGCCAAGUGGGUUUUGAUGUUUUGUGUGGCACCAUCUGAAUUAGAAACCAAGAUGAACGUAACCAAAGGAGGCCUGGUGUUGUUUUCAGCAAAUUCGAAUUCAUCAUGUAUGGAGCUUUCAAAGAAAAUUGCUGAGCGGCUGGGGGUGGAGAUGGGCAAAGUGCAGGUUUACCAGGAACCUAACAGAGAAACAAGAGUACAGAUUCAAGAGUCUGUGAGGGGAAAAGAUGUUUUCAUCAUCCAAACCGUUUCAAAGGAUGUGAAUACCACUGUCAUGGAGCUCCUGAUCAUGGUGUAUGCCUGUAAGACCUCUUGUGCCAAAAGCAUCACUGGCGUGAUACCCUACUUCCCUUACAGCAAGCAGUGCAAGAUGAGAAAAAGAGGCUCCAUUGUCUCCAAGUUGCUGGCUUCGAUGAUGUGCAAAGCUGGUCUUACUCAUCUUAUUACUAUGGAUUUACACCAGAAGGAAAUUCAGGGCUUCUUCAAUAUUCCUGUUGAUAAUUUAAGAGCAUCUCCCUUCUUGUUACAGUAUAUUCAAGAAGAGAUCCCAGAUUACAGGAAUGCAGUGAUUGUGGCCAAGUCUCCAGCCUCCGCCAAGAGGGCACAGUCUUUUGCGGAGCGCCUGCGCCUGGGGAUAGCUGUGAUUCAUGGGGAAGCACAGGAUGCUGAGUCCGACCUGGUGGAUGGGAGGCACUCCCCGCCCAUGGUCAGGAACGCCGCUGCCAUCCACCCAAGCCUGGAGAUCCCCCUGCUGAUUCCUAAAGAAAAGCCUCCAAUCACAGUUGUUGGCGAUGUCGGAGGAAGGAUCGCCAUCAUUGUGGAUGACAUCAUCGAUGACGUUGACAGCUUUCUGGCUGCAGCAGAGACUCUGAAGGAAAGAGGGGCAUAUAAGAUCUUCGUGAUGGCGACCCAUGGCCUGUUAUCUUCAGAUGCUCCGCGGCUAAUUGAAGAAUCCGCCAUUGACGAGGUGGUGGUUACCAACACAAUUCCACAUGAAAUCCAGAAACUCCAGUGUCCCAAAAUUAAAACUGUGGAUAUCAGUAUGAUCCUUUCAGAAGCCAUCCGUCGGAUUCACAAUGGAGAGUCUAUGUCCUACCUUUUCAGAAAUAUAGGUUUAGACGACUGAACAGCUUCCCUUUUUUAGAACCCCCAAGGGCCAAACUGGAACUGCACGGAGAAGACCGUGGACUGCAAUGGAUUAUGCUUGACUUUGCUUAUUUCACAGGAGCCAUUUUGUUUUCCCCCAAUACCCUUUCUUCUUGUUAAUUCUUAUGAAGAUAGACUAACUUUUUAAGUGGGUUUGGGUGUUUGUGAGUUUUUUGGGGGCAAUUUUUAGAAAAGAAAAACUUUAUUCUCCUGUUAAAGUAAGUUAAGAGCUGCUUGUUUUUGUUUAGCUAUUUAAAAGAUAACACUUAGAAUAAGAUUUUUAAGCUCACAGCCUUUUUCCAAAGUUGCUUGAGCCCAAGUGCUGAAUAUUCAUAAAAUAAAAUGGUCUACCGUAUGAUACCUGCAGUUGAAAAGUCAAAAAGAUUAUACUGUUGAAUCUAGUAAAUGACAUUUUUAGAAAUGCUUUUAUAGAUGAGCAUAUGAAAUAAUGUGAUCAUAUUUAUUUUCUGGAACAAGAGAAGGAAUAAAACUUUGUCAUGUGUACAUGUAUGUUUUUAAACUUUGUGUUCUGGCAGUUUUAUAACUACAAUAAAGUGUCAGUGAAUUAACAUGCUGUGGAUAUAGGAAUGUUCAAUGACUUGUAAAUUUUCCCUUCUGCAACUUUUAGGGGAGACAGUAGACACUACCUCGUAGGGAUGUAAUAUUUCCUGUCUCAACUAUCUGUCAAAGACCCUGAAAGUUCAUGAUGCAUAGUAGUUUGAGGUAGGAGAGGGGGCUAAGUCCCCCAGACGCGAGGUGUGUCAGGCAGUAGGUCACUGAGCUGGAGCGUGAGCUGGACGUCUGUUUCUUAGCUUGGCUUUGUUCUCUGCUCCUCAUCCAGCAGUACAGCAAUUCUCAAAACAUCUUAUGGGGGGAUUAGAUGCCAGAGGGGAGUCAUGAAGGCCAGGCGAUGUGACCCUUGUCGGUGUCACAGGUCUAAGUAUUGCCUGUGUUUUUUCUACCUCAGAGCCUCUGUCAGACGAGGCUUCUGUAGCACACUGGGGCCCCAGGAAUUAGGCCAGCGUGUUCUCCUACCAAGAGCACAUGAUGGCAGCCCUGUUAAGACUUGCUCACGAAGAAAGGAUUGAGUUUCUUAAAGAAAAAGUAAACCUUUACUUUCUGCUUGUCUAUCCCAGACUCGAGUAAAAUGGCAGUUGAUUUAGCACAGAAUGAAGAUUAGCCACUGAAGAGAGGUGUGGGAGCCAUGGCUCUGCUUCCAGAGGCUGCCUCCUAGCUGUGCCAGCUGUCAGGGUGUCGGUGCUGGCAAGGCUGUGGAAGUCUAGCUCCUCUCCAUGCACUCCACCACGUUUCACUUCUGAGAAAAUGGUGCAGAGAAAAGGAUUUCCCACGCCGAAGUUUUCAAAACCGGUUCAUGAUAGAGCCAUUUACUUUGAAAACAUACAUUCUCUUUGAGAACCUAUUUCUGGAAAUAGGAACUUUAGUUCCUCACAAAUGUGCUUAGUAAUUAUGACAGUGACAGCUCCUCUUGGUGCAGCUUUGUCAAUAGCUUGUCUUCCUUCAGCCAUUGCCACAUGAAAGGAAGGGCUUUGGAAACAAGGUUUUCCUUCUAGCCUGUGCCCGUGGGACCCUCAAUAAUCCUGUGAAAUAAACUGGAGAAGCUUCAGCAGCUGUUCUCACAUGUGACUCUUGACUGUGUUUGUCUUCCUUUCUGCACCAUCUGAUGCUAUGAGCAUUUUCUGUUAUAGCUGACAGUUGAUGAAGUCACCCUGGAGUUUCUCUUUAAGACCCCUUCAAGAUAAGUGACAAGUACCUGCUGAGCCAUCACAGAGGCUCUGUGGACGGGCUGCAGGGCAGCGGCCUCCCUGAAGUUAAGGAGUGAAAAUGUUGCACAACUGGACAGGAGGAGAUGGGCUCUGCUGCAGAAUCCAUUUCUGAGAAAACAUCAUCUUGAGUACACUCAGUAGGAAGUUUCCUCAGUGGCUGUGUCCUCCAUGGGCUUUCUUGAUAUGUUGUCCUUUAUGAAGAAAAAAACUUACAGAAGAGAAGCGAAUGAAAAAGAUGUGUAACAGGAGUGUUUUCCUCUGGAAAAUGAGCUUGUGGUGAAGCCAGGACCGUUCUAAUUCACGAGUAUUGAAUGUACAGUGCUAUCCCUGGAAGGACCUAGAAACUAUGGGGAUAGAUACGCAGGCACCCCGUAGGGACAGAGAUGGAGCAGCUGUUCUGGAUGGGGACCAGGAAAGAAAACGAGAGAUUGACCUUGAAGAAAAAAUGAUUCUGAUGGAGAACAGAGCAGGCUGAGGUUUCCAAGCAGAAGGACUCUUCAGGCAAUAGUGCAGGGUGUGCUGGGUGGAGCAGGAGAAUG